GAAUUUUGUAUGUUUCACUUUCUUCAAAUUUAAUUUUCCUAGAGUAGACAUCAAAAGAUCCGAAACUCAAUCUGAUUUCAUUCUCAUUCUUCAAUUUUCUAACCCAGCAAAAAUCUUCUGCAUCUUCGAAGAAAAUGUCAGCAUCUUUUAAAUCCUCCUCAAGGAAGGGAAAUCUCUCAUCUUCCUCGUCUAAGAUAUCCACCGAUAAAGAAAGCAAGGCGGGGUCUCCGAAGAAAGCCUCUCUUCGCAGAUCAAGAAGCGUGAGCGCCUUUUCCAGAAACCAAUCCGACGUCUGCUCUGAGUUCUUAAUCAAGAGGGAUAACCCUCUGUUCUGUAACUCCCCGUCGGACGACGAAACUGAGGGGCAGAAAGGAGUUAAAGUUUCCAAAUCCGAAGACUAUGCAUCAUUCAAUGCGGCUACGAAGGCUAAAAGUGAGGAUAGAAGUAGGGGGAGAUCGAUUUCAAGGAAGGCGGAUGUUGGGAAGCAUGUUUCGGGUACCCGGAAGGAGUUGGGUCGGAGCCUGUCUGUGGUGGACACGGCGGCGAGACGCAGUCGUUCGAUGUCCCGUCGUCCAGUUUCACGGGGGUAUUCAGUUAUUUCUGAGACUGAGGUGGAACGACAAGGUAAUAUGUCUAGGAAAUUGAUGAACAGGAACAACAAUUGCAAUUCUGCUUCAACUUCAAGUAGUGUUAAAAGGGGUGUACUAUCCAGGAGUAAUUCUAGUUUGUCAGAUCAAAUUGAAGGUUUGCGUUCUAGAAGUCAAUUGAAGCAUUUUGAUACUUCUGGUGGUUCUCCUCGUAGAUUUGAUUUGUCUUCUAUGAAAUCUGCAAAUUGGGAAGAUGCAGUUUCAACUAGUUCUUUGUCUGAAGCAGAUGACAUGAGUUUCAAAGCAGCUUCUGAGCAAAUGAAGUCCAUCCAAGAGGACAGUUUGGUAGAAGGUGCUCCUGGUAUAUAUGAAUCUGUCCGAUCAGAAGUGAGACGAGCUAUUUCUGACAUCCAAAAUGAUCUCAAAAGCGCUAUCCAGAGGAGUAACACCACAGCUACUGGAAGUACCAGCUUAACCGAUCUCCCUCCUGACUUGGUGAGUCCAGUGGGGAUUGAGCUAGUAUCAGACAUGAAAAGAGAAUAUGCCAAAAAGCUGGAGCAGUCUGAGGAACGGGCUAGAAAACUUCGAGCAGAACUGGCUGUAGAAGAACAGCGUGGUAUGGAGCUUAGUAGAAUCCUCAAGGAAGAGCUUCAAGAACCUAGGACCCCUAGCCUGCAGAAGUCUCGUGCAGGAAAAAAUUCUAGUAUUGAGAGAAGAAAGAUAUCAAAGACUCUAACUGAAGAAGCCAUGGCCUACUUUGAUGAGUGUGUAUCACUAUCAACCUUUGAUAGCGCGGAUUUCUCAUCACUGGAAGAUCCCCCACUCAAUAUGGUUGGAGGUACUACCCUAGAAAGUAACAGCAUAUCACUGCGUCAUGCAAAUACAGGCAUUCUAGCCACCAAUUGCUCCCACAAUCAUCUCAAUGACAACCAGGAAUACUGCUUCAUCCAUGGCGAUGAUGCUUUGGACUUAACGGCCAGCACUAGUGGCAUAGAGGGAAUUGACGUAAAUCUUAUUCCAAACAGCAUCAACAGGGAACGUGGUCGGCGGUUCCAGUUUUCUUUUUCGUCCCUCAAGCCAAGUGAAACAUCUGAGCUUCAACAAGACAUUAAGAAGUACGUCAAAACGCUCGAGAAAGGCAUAAAGAGAGUUGACAUUGAUUCACCAAUUACUAUAUCAAAAGGGUAUGAUCCGGAUGAGUAUAAUUUGCGGGCCUCUCGAGAGGGCUUGUUGUUUGACCAUGUAUUAUUUAAGAACAGAUUAGAGUCUGGUGGUAUGCUUCUGUGUGGUGGAAGCGUUGCAAUUUCACUUUCCCCUUUUGCUUCUGUAAUCUAAACUCUAUCAUCGGUUAAAUGCUUAAUUUGGUCCUUUAACUUUAUAAAAUGCACAUUUUUGG